GCGUAAAGCUCGAAGCUUCUUCAUAUCGUGGAUAGACUCAGUUUGCCGCUGUCACUUGCAAGAUGAAGCUGUUUUUAUCUGCUGUUGCGAUUUUCGCGUUAUUUAAUGGAAUAUCAGGAUUAGCUGGGAAAGCUCCCACAAAAGUGCUGAACGAUGGAAACAAAAUCCCUACGCUCGCUUUGGGCACCUUCGGAUUUGAGGAUAUCCCUAAAAUGCGCAGUGCAGUGAACUACGCGAUUGAGGCAGGCUAUCGCCAUAUUGACACGGCCGCUCUUUACGGUAAUGAACAAGAGAUCGGGAAGGGAAUCAGUGAUGUACUUAAAAAGGGAUUAAUUAAGAGAGAAGAGUUGUUUGUUACUACCAAGCUAUGGAACGACAAGCAUGCUCGCGACCAAGUGGUGCCGGCUCUCAGAGAAUCUCUCGCCAAGUUAGGACUUGACUACGUUGAUCUGUACCUCAUACACUCGCCUGAAGCUAUGAAUGAAGACGGUUCCCCCGCCAACAUAGACUACUUAGACACCUGGAAGGGCAUGGAGGAAGCCAAGCAGCUUGGCCUGGCCAAGUCUAUCGGCGUCUCCAACUUUAACACUGAACAAAUUGACAGGAUCAAGGCGAAUAGCAAGACGGUUCCUGCAGUUAAUCAGAUCGAGAUCCACCCCUCAAACACCCAAGAGAAGUUGGUCGCCGACUGCUUCGCUCGUAACAUCGCGGUCAUGGCUUACAGUCCCUUCGGCUUCUUCGUGAAGCGCGGCGAGGGCAACAAGCCUGGUAACGAUGACCCUCGGAUGGUCAGCAUCGCGAAGAAGUACAAUAAGAGUGUUACGCAAAUCGUGUUGAGAUAUUUGCUGGACAGAGACCUGAUCCCAAUUCCCAAAUCCACCAACCAGGCUCGCAUCCAACAGAACAUUGACGUGUUUGACUUCCACCUGACUCCUCAGGAGAUUGCCACCAUCAGCAGUUUCAAUAAGAACACCAGUAUCUUCAGUUAAAUGUGCCAUUGUAAUACGAUGUUUCGGUAAGAUAAUAAAGAUGUUCGUAUCAUUGCGAUAUA